AUGUCAUCCCCUGCCUAUAUUGCCGCUUCUCCAAUGCCAAUGAACGGUAUCGAAGCCCUUUUUGAUGACUAUGAUGUUGUGGCAGCCAUAUGUUUCGCCAUUAUAGUCUACUUCAUCUCCUUCACUCUCUACUUCAAAACCGGAAAUAAUGAUUAUCAAUCUGAUCAAUCCGACGUUGGGACGGUCGAAGAAUUGCCAGCGUUUCGAGAGCGGGUGGUUCGAGAUCAGCAGGAGAUUGUACAGAUUGAGGCAAUGGUUUUCAGUUACAGGGAAGCUAAGAGAAGUGAGAAUGAUGAUGAUGAUGAUGAUGAUGAUUAUGAAUGUGUGAUUUGCUUGAAUAAAUUCGAAGAUGCCCAAAAGUGCCGAUGGAUGAAAAAGUGUGGUCAUAUAUUUCAUCGUAGCUGUAUCGAUCGGUGGCUCAAGACGGAGCGAGAAUGUCCGCUUUGCCGAACCUGCGUUUGCGUCGUCGUCAAACCAUAA